AUGGCUUCCUCUACAUCAUCGACCUCCCAAAGGCCAAAUGGCUACCAAUACGACUCAAUAUCCAAUCUCAACACAUCUUCUCAAGUUGAGUCGUCAACAAUACGCUCGCCUUCUCCUUCUUUAGCAAAGCCGACGACCCGCCUCCUUGCGCCCGAUCUCCAACGCGGUCUUCUAAUGGCCAUUAUGGCCAUGGAUCACCUCGCGCUUGGUAUAAACACCUGGCAACAUGGCACCAACAUCGACGGCGAGACGGAUGGAAUAAUUGUUCGCCGAUGGAACUUCACCACUGCCUACAUCGUCCGCACAUUCACACAUUUCUGCGCCCCUGGAUUCAUGUUUCUUCUCGGCAUGGGCGUUGUAUUUCUGGCCAAGUCACGAACUCGCCUUGGCUGGUCGGCAGGCCGGAUGCUGCAGUAUUAUGCAAUGAGAGGAUUUGUACUUACAGCAGUGACGGUAUUGUGGGGAUUUCUAUGGUCAGGGGGCCAACUGUGGUUUAUGAACAUGGUCUUAUUUGCAUUAGGAUUGAACUAUUUCCUGGCUGGUAUAUUGCUGCUUACCAUGAAUCAGACGGAAAAUCGGCUUGCGGAUAUCUUAGAAAGAUGUUAUUUGAUGCUCGAUAAGCGCACAGGGACGGCAUAUGGGAGAUGGAACGAUGAUGGUGAUGACGAACAAGGAGUUAGCCAGCCACUUUUGCGAGGACAGAGACACACGGCCAGAGAGAGCGAAAGAGCAGCAACAGCUUCAUCUUUGUCCUGGCAUAUUCACAACAUCUUUUUAGCGAUCCUCAGCGUCAUUACCAUAUGGUGGAAUAUCUGGUUAUCUGACAACCACGGCCACUGCAGUAUCGAGACCGAAUCACCAGACAGCCUCCAUAUAGCAGGGAAUUCGUUCCUCGGCAUUUGGUUCUGGCCCGUUAUGACUCAACACGUCAUGUCAAACUUUCCCCCUCUGGCGUGGCUCUCCUUUGCCAUUCUAGGCCUUCUCUACGGCCGCAUCCUCUCAGCCCGGAAAUGGACAACCUCUGCCAUUGUCAUGGGCCAUGUCGCCAUGGGAGUCGUCUUUUCGAUAAUCUUCGUUGGCACAAGGCUUCUCCGCAUCGGGAACCUUUCGGAAGACUGCCUGCAUACACCUGCGCAACACCAUCAAACUACGAAUGAGAACCCAUAUCUUGCCUCACCAGCAUCUUUCUUCUAUAUCAUCAAGUAUCCUCCAGAUGUUGCGUUCUGGGCCUUCACCAUGGCUGGCAACCUCUUUGCCCUCGCGGCUUUCAGCGCCAUCCCAACACAUGUUGCGCAGCGCUUCUCUCUCCUUUUGAGCUAUGGCACAUCAUCGCUGUUUUUCUACGUGGUGCACAUUUGUAUCGUCAUGUCUCCUAUAGGGCAGCUGAUGAUAAGUAUAUUUGGCCAAGAGACUGAACACGCAAGCCCCACAGACCCAGAGAACCACAAGGGCGUUACCAAUCUUUUUGUCUACUUCGCGAUAUGGUUGGCUCUGCUGCUUGUAAUGUGGCCAGCAUGCCAUUAUUACAGUCGCUUCAAGAGCACGAAGCACGUUGACUCAUUAUGGAGGUUCUUUUGA